ACAUUACACGUAACGCGGCCAACUGAACGUAACCGCCACACAAGCCUGAACGCAAACCGAACGCGGUAGCCGCGAAGACGUUCGAUUUUUAAAUACGACCAUAGAUAAAAUCUGUGUUUUUUAAAUUCUGUUGCGUGCUGUCAGAUGCGUUCGUAUAAAAUAAUUUUAGUGAAAUUUGUGACAAGUGAACUGUACCAAAGAUUAAUUAAACUGUGAUAUUAUUUAAAAACAAUAAACAAUGAUCGAUUGUUGUACCUGUUGUGGAAGUGAUAGAAAAGCACCUGUUUCCUAUAAAAACAGUUUUCCCAAAAAGCUUUUAGUAGCUGUAUCCGUAGUCAUAGUGCUAGCGAUGUGCGUGACACCGGCCGACGCUCGUUCAGUUGAGCACAGAAGGCGACACCAAAGACGACCGGACACCAUGGCGGAACUCACCAAAGACACGAUGAAACGACCAAAAAACUCAAGCACCGAACAAUACAAGAACGCCACGAGGAAAAUCAAACACAAGCUACGCAACACAAAGAGGUUCUUCGACCAAGAUCGGAGGCGCUUGAACGAGACGAAAGAGUACAGGGACGGAAUGCCCGUCUGGUUGCCGGCGGUCAACUUCGUCGACAUCCAUUUCCACGACUACAGAACUCCGCGAAAAGCUGGGAAAUCAAUCACAGAACGAAAGUUUGCAUACCUGAUGCCAAAACUGCACAAGACGCUCAAGGAGUACCAAGUCAUAUUCAAGCGCCUGCAAAAUGUCCAGCUGAAUACAUCGGACGAAUCGUUCAAUAGCUACGUAGCCGUCCGCAAGCAUUUACUGUCAAAUUCACUUGCGAAGUUAUACAGCACGAUCGCCGAAAUACAAGAAAACAUGGUCGCUGUCAAGAUGCCGAUACCCCAUUUCGACGAAAGUCGCAUGAAACUCGAAACGUUAAAGACUAAAGUCGACGCGACGCAGUGUUUAAAGAAUGACUACAUUGCCUUCAGGGGUUACGGGAACCUGCUCAACAAUUGGUACUACGAAUUCAGGUGUCCGCUUAAUAAGAAAAGCGAUAAGAAAUGCGCGGGAUUCCACGCGAAAAUGAAGGAAAAACUCGGCAACAAACGGUAUAAAAAUCGAAACAACGUUUCUAUAACGAGUUGAGUUUUGUUGUUCUAUUUUUAAAAAUAUUUAUUCCCAUUUCCGUUUGUCGCUUGUCCGUACUUAUUUAUUGUUAGACUUAGUAUAUUUAUCCCCCAUUCGCACGAGCGAACAAAUGCAUUCCCAAGUAAAAGUUCACACGUCAUCGUUUUAAAAACGCGACGCUGUUUUUUCGAGCUGUGUUGUUUUCAAUUUUGGGUCAAAAUAGAUCUUCAUUUAUUGAACGCUUUUUUAACGCUCGUAAAAAAACGCUCGUGCGAAUGGCGGCUUAAGCUCUCUAAUACUUGAGACGUUGGAUAUUAUGAAAUAGUUGACGAUACCUUACGUUGAUUAAGUAAUGGGUACUUUCUCUGUGAUAUUUAGUAUUUUUAGUUGAUAAAUAUUAAUUUAUUGAAAGUAUUUAAUAAGUUCCUCAGCAAAUUCAUUUGUACUUAAGCUCUUGAUAAAAUUUUCGAUCUUUUUGUAAAUAUUUUUUUCCUUUCUGUCUCAAUGAUAAUUUAUUUUCUCUACCAGUGAAUAUUUAUUUCAAUUGCUUUUGAUCUGUUUUCGAAUGUUUUUUUUUUAAUUUUCUUAAGCUCAAUAAGUAUUACUAGCGGGCAUAUGUUGCCGUUUUAGGAAAGAAAGACUUCUAGCCUAUUUAAUUAAGGUGCUUAUUUAUAUAAUUUAGUAUUAAGAAAAUGUGCCGUUAGUUUGUAGUGAACGAACUGAUACCAUGUGAAUGUCACCGACAUAGUGUACAUAGCUUUACUAUAUUUGUAAUUUUGUUACUGCAAAUGAAAAUAAUACAGAAAUAAGAAAUAAUACAUAAUUUUAUAAAUUUUA